AUGGCGUUGGUCUCAGCUGCGCCUUACUUGGCUUUGCUUUCAGAGCUGGACCCUUCGUUGAAGCUGUAUGCUUUAUCGUCUUUGAAUGAAGUUGUUGACCAGCUUUGGGCAGAGAUCGCCAACAACCUCCAGGAAUUGGAAGACCUUUACGAGGACCCACUGUUUGAAAAGAGAUCUUUGGCUGCUCUCGUUAUUUCCAAGGUCUACUAUAACUUGGGUGAUUACGAUGCUUCAGUGAAGUAUGGUCUCCGAGCCGAGAAUGACUUUGACUUUGAAGAGAAGUCUCAAUACAUCGAAACUAUUGUGUCCCAAUGUAUCAACAUAUACUCCAAAUUGUCCCAGAAGAAGUACUUGGGCGAGGAAGCUACUAUCAGCCCCCAGCUUACUUUGAUUUUCGAAAAAAUGGUGGCCAAGUGUGUCGCAGCAAACGACUUGAAACUCGCCUUGGGAAUUGCUUUGGAGAGUUUCCGUUUAGACAUAAUCAACGACAUCAUCAAGGAUGAAUCUAAUCGUGAUGGUGAAUACGGAUUGGCUUUGAUCAACUACGUGUUGGUUUGUGCCAAUUCUGUUGUCUCCAACGGUAUCUUCAGGGUAGACUUAUUGAACACCUUGAUCGACUUGUUAUUGUCAUUGAAGGGCCACCAAGACUUCUUCACUGUUUUCAAGAUUAUCAUCCAAUUGGGUGAUGCCAACUUGGCCGUCCAGGUUUUCAAACAACUUAUUGCCAGGGACGAGAAAUUGAUUGCAUACCAAGGAGCUUUUGACUUGGUCAGUUCUGCAUCUCAAGAAUUGGUGGAGUCUGUGGCAAAAGAAUUAUCUGCAGAUGAAUCUUUCGAUGCUACUAAGCCCGUGCAAGCUAGAUUACUCCAUGUUCUUUCAGGAGUCCCUACAUGUGACUUAGAUAUCACCUUCUUGUACAAGAACAAGAAUAUCGACCUUACUAUCUUGAACAAGACCAAAAAUCUUUUGGAAGGCAGAAACUCUAUCUUCCAUUCCGCAGUGACUUUCGCCAAUGCUUUCUUCCACAUGGGUACUACUGAUGACUCUUUCUUUAGAAGAAACUUGGAAUGGCUUGGUAAGGCCACUAACUGGUCGAAGUUCUCCGCCACUGCUGCCCUCGGUGUUAUCCACAAGGGUAACCUUUCUCAAGGCCGUAAUAUCUUGAAGCCUUACUUGCCUGGCUCGAAUGGUGCUUCUCACACAAAGGGUGGUUCCUUGUUCGCCUUGGGUUUGAUCUUUGCCGGCCAUGGUAGGGAAACAAUUGACUACUUGAAGCUGUUCAUCGACGAACAAGGCAAUGCUGCAGGCAGCCAUGAUACUGAUGUGAUGUUGCACGGUGCUUGUCUCGGAAGUGGUGUUGCUGGAAUGGCAACCAACAGUGAAAGUCUUUAUGAAGCUUUGAAGGUCGUUUUGUAUUCUGACUCAGCAGUUUCAGGCCAAGCUGCCGGUCUCGCAAUGGGAUUGGUUAUGUUGGGAUCUGGCAAUGAGGAAGCCAUCAAUGACAUGUUCACUUAUGCUCAAGAAACUCAACACGAAAACAUUAUUCGUGGAUUGGCCAUUGGUAUUGCUUUGUUGAACUACGGCCAGGAAGAUAAGGCAUUACCUAUAAUAGAUAAGCUUCUCGAUCAGGAGAGCCCAAUCUUAAGAUAUGGAGGUGCUUUCACUAUUGCCUUAGCAUACGCGGGUACUGGUAACAACGGUGCCAUCAAGAAACUUUUGCAUUUUGCUGUCUCUGACCCAUCUGAUGAUGUCAGAAGAGCCUCUGUUAUGAGUUUGGGCUUCUUGCUUGUCCGUGAUUAUCAUGCUGCUCCUCAAAUUGUCGACUUAUUAUCUCAGUCCCAUAACCCACACGUUCGUUACGGUACUGCCAUGGCUUUGGGUAUUUCUUGUGCCGGUAGAGCUUUGCCAGCAGCCAUCGAAGUUUUGGAACCAUUGACUAGAGAUGCAGUCGACUUUGUCAGACAAGGUGCAUUGCAAGCCUCUGCUAUGAUCUUGAUUCAACAGAACGAAAACCUCUAUCCAAAGGUUAAGGAGUUCACUAACUUGUAUGCUGAUACUGUUAAGAACAAGCACGAAGAUGCUUUGGCCAAGUUUGGUGCUGCCACCGCUCAAGGUAUCAUCGAUGCUGGUGGAAGAAAUGUCACCAUCAACUUAGAAAACGGUAACACCAACACAUUGAAUGUCAAGGCCAUUGUUGGUCUCGCGGUGUUCGUUCAGUCUUGGUACUGGUUCCCAUUGGCACACUUCUUGUCACUUUCAUUCGCCCCUACGGCCAUCAUCGGUGUCAAGGAAGAUUUGAAGGCUCCACAAUUUGAGUUGAAUGUUCACAGCUCUCCAGAUUACUUCCAAUAUCCACCAAAGAUCGAGGAGGCAAAGGAGAAGCAGCCUGACAAGGUCGCCACGGCUGUGCUUUCAACGACAGCAAAGGCUAAAGCCAGAGCUAAGAAACAGCAGGCCAAGAAGGAAGAGGAAGAAGGAAAGACUGACGACAUGGAUGUCGAUGAAGAGAAGGUCACUGUCAAGAAGGAGGAGGCUAAGCCCGAAAAGGUUGAACUGAAGAAGGCUGAGAAGAAAGAAGACAAGAAAGACGACAAGAAGGACGUGAAGGACGAAAAGACCGACAAGAAAGAUGAAAAGAAAGAGGGCGACGAGAAGGAGGAAGAACAGCCCAUUGCCAACGAGCAAGUGGUGAUCAGAUACCUGAAGACCCCAUACAAAAUCAGCAACUUGUCCCGUGUUUUACCCGCCCAAGUCAACUACGUGUCGUUCAUCAAAGACGACCGUUUCGUGCCUAUUCGUCGUCACCGUGGCUUUGGCGGUAUAAUCGUGUUGCAAGACACGAAACCUGACGAAAAGGUGGAAAUUAUCAAGACCGUGAGGCAAUUGAACAUGACGGAAGCACCCCUUCCGGAGCCAUUCACGUUGAGCGGAGAAGACCUAGAAGACGACGAGUGA